UAGGGCUGAAUAUAAAUUUAGGGAACUCCCUCUUCUUCUUAGCGCGCCCCAUUUUGCCCAUCCGAGUUUCUGAGACAAACCCUAAAGUUCAUCAGGGCGACAAGAAGAUCAUGGCGGCGGUUCCAGGACAAUUGAUUUGGGAGAUUGUGAAGAGGAACAACUCGUUUUUGGUCAAGGAGUUUGGGAGGGGAACAGCCGGCGUUCAGUUCAGCAAAGAGUCUAACAACUUAUACAAUUUGAACUCCUACAAACAUUCUGGUUUGGCCAACAAGAAAACUGUUACGAUUCAACCUGGAGGCAAAGACCAAUCCAUUUUGUUUGCAACAACUAAGAGCAAGAAACAGAACAAGCCUUCUUCGUUGCUUCAUAAAUCAUUAAUGAAGAAAGAGUUCCGUAGGAUGGCCAAAGCUGUAACAAAUCAGGUGGGAGAUAACUACUACAGGCCAGAUCUGAAGAGGGAUGCCCUUGCAAGAUUGAGUGCUGUGAACAGGAGCCUUAAGGUGGCCAAGUCUGGCGUAAAGAAGAGGAACAGGCAAGCGUUGAAAUCACGUGGAAGGAAGUGAGAAUUGAGCUAGUAGAGAAUGAGAUUGUUGCAUUUUUCAUUGUGUUUUCUUUUGGAAUGCCAACUUUGUAGUUCGGUUUGGAAUCUGAAGGAGGAGUAGUAGUCUGGCAAUAGAUGUUUUGCUAUGUUUUGCGUUACUAUAAUGGUUAUUUUCAUGUUGAGGUUAACUCUUUGCUGGUAAUCUCAAGACUUUGUUUUGGUUAUGUUGCUAAAUGCAGCUGAAAAUUACCAGAUACUUUAUU